UUGGUGGGCGGAACCUAUUGCAGUACGGGUUGUGUGAGAGGGGAGAGGCCGGAGUAGCUGUGAGAAGGCUAAAGAUGGCGGAUUUCUUGAAAGGAUUACCUGUCUACAACGAAAGUAACUUUAGCAGAUUCCAUGCAGACUCUGUGUGUAAAGCAUCUAACAGAAGACCGUCGGUUUAUCUCCCCACAAAAGAAUAUCCUUCUGCCCAAAUUAUAGUAACAGAGAAAACAAACAUACUUUUACGUUAUUUACAUCAACAGUGGGACAAAAAGAAUGCUGCAAAGAAAAGAGACCAAGACCAGUUAGAAAUAGGUGAAACCUCUGCCCCUCCUCGAAAGAUCGCUCGGACAGACAGCCAAGAAAUGAAUGAGGACACAUAAACUCCAACCACUGCUCUUAUUAACCGCACACAGGUCCCCUUUCUCUGUGUCCCAUCCUUACUACACAGGAGCUUCCUGCAAUGUGUGUGUGUGAGGGGGAGGAAGGUGGAUGUCGCUGCCUUUUCUCUAUUUCACAAUUCGUCUCCCCAGCCCCAUGCAUCCCAUUUCUCUUUUGAUCUCAUAGGAGCCAAAAGUGUAUUUAUUUCUUCCAGAUUUUAUUUAUGCUGUAUUGCAUACAGUUUUGAGAGGAUGGAAUACCCUUUGUUUUUUUUUUUUAUAUUAUUAAAUAUUUAAUUUUUUUGUUUUUUUUAAGUUGGCGCUCCCCCUUUUUUUUAUUUUGAAACUUGUUUCUUGUUGACUGAACUCUGUUUUAAAAAGAAGCAGGAAUGGGAAAACAACAACUGUUUUUGUGGUCAGCGAAAUACACCUGCAAAUGAGGGUUUGGGGAAAAAAAAGUCUUGUAAUUGGGUCGUUAAGGUAGUUCUUUAAAUGACUCCUCUUCUGCUAAUACAUUAUUGUGCUAUCCGUGAAAACAAUAUCCUGAUUGACACCUUUGUUUGCAUGCAGUGUGUUUCUACACUUUAUUGCACCACAGACAUUUUCGUAGGCAGUUGGAAUGCUGAGCACUGGCCGUUCUGUUUUCAUGUUUGUGGUAAAAACGUAGCCAUGAGUUAUUAGAAUUGGUAACUUUAGUCCAGGGUGUAGAGUAGUUUGACUUUAUACUCUGCUUAGCUUCAGCACAACAUCCAACCAAUAGCUUUGGCUAAACAUUGGUUGAUUAUGCUGUGUAUAUACUAUCAGGAUUCUGCCCUAGAGGGAACUUUAUCACAAAAAAAGAAAUGAUGUAUUAAACUGUUCAUAUCCAGCUUAAAUUAAGCCGUGUAUAUACGUAGCUAAAGACAACUGUUCAUGCAGAAAACUGCAUAUUGUGGCAAUAUAUAGGAUUCCAUCUCUAAAGUGUUUAUAUUUUGUGGCUUAUAGUCCCUAGAGGAGUGAUACAGACAUCUGUACAGCCACCAAUAAUAGGACCCAGAAAUGAAGCACUGCUUUGUUUCUCCCUCUAGCAGGAUGGAAGUCAACAUUACCAUUUAAACCUUAACAAAUUAUAUAUAUAUAUUUUUUGUAAAUUUGACUUUGCCUUUAUCAUUUACUAAGGUCUUUUUGGGAAGAACAACAGCAUUGUUUUAAAGUGUAUUUUAUGUCAUUAAAAUACUUUGAAAUCA